UGCAUGCAGCUUCGCCGUCUCGUAGCUGAGCGUGCGUUGUGAGAGCUAUUCUGUUCUAUGGCCGGAUAAGCAGACAGGCCGCAAAAGCGGCUGCAGCGGUAACAGCAGCAGCGACAGCAUCCGUAGCGCCACCAGCGCCACAGUACCAGUGAAUACGAUAAUAGAUCGUAGUGAAGUGGCAGUGAACAGGGAGCGGCGACUGGCAGCGGCGCUACAUGAUCAACCGCGACGAGCGAACAUAACAGAGCAGCCGCAGCGGUGGCGCCGCUGCUAUAGUAUUGGCAGUAGACGCAUUGUCGUCGUCGUGGUGCUGUUGACGGCGCCGAGUGGAACGCAGCAAAAAAAAAGAACGACGAAGAAGGAACAAGAACUGGCGGAAUCAAAACACAUCAACAACAGCCUGACGAAAAGUCAAACCAUCACCAGCAGUGGUAAUUAGUUGCCUAUGUGGUACAGCUGUUGGAGGAUAUUAUGGAGUGCGGUGUAGCGGCGUAAAUAUGUGGCAGGAGUCUAGAAAGUAGCAUCUGCUGGAAAAUCGGGCAGCUGUAGUUGUCGUCUUCGGCUACGCCAGAGACUCAGAAACGGGACGGCAGCUCUACAGAAACUGCCGAAGCUCUAGAAACAUCAAACGAGAAAGUGACGACAGUCAACAAAUCUUCUGCCAUUGGUCGUCGACGUCGAUGACGUCUAUCGUGGUGUGCAACUGUCUUUUGAACAGGCCAACUUGUCCCGUUCUGCUGUUUCACGGUGAAGUUUUCUGGCCUUUCCGCACAGUCGUCAUUUGCAUUUUUACGGCAAAAUUUUCACUUCGCGGUGGUACGUUGUUGAAUUGCAAAGUAAUUGCAUGUAAAUGCGUGAAAUAAUUUAGCCCCAAGGAAGAACCUUUCGCGCAUCUUAGAACACCUGACAAGUUGAUGUUUUUGGAAAACUUCACUGGUAUACAGAGAUAAAACGAAAUAGUUCAGCAAAAGUUAAAAAGGAAAGAGCUUAAAUGAAGUUUCCAGUGCCGUCGAUCGUGCGUCUGUGUAGUGUAGCAACUUUACCAUUAGCCAAAAGCCACUAUUUGGGCAAACGUCAACGAGAACCCGCCUGUGUUUAUGAUGUUAUAUACACGUGGUAAAAACGCUCUCAAAGCCUCGUUGGAUUAAGUGUGACAGUAUUUAGAGUUGAUAAAAUUGUCAAUUGCAUAAAGUUGAAUGGAUAAAUUUAUCUAAGGAAGCGUUCUGUCAGCGGAACGUAUUAAACUUUAUUCUUUGUGGAAGAUAGCUGACAGAGGGAAAGCAAGGAAACCGCAGCAAAACAAAAAAGGAGAAAGAUGAAAGAACCGUCUAGGGAGGGGGGUCAUGGGUCGUCAACUUGACGAGUGUGGUGAUCUGCCUAUUUGAAUCGGCUAGGAAUUCCAGCAUAAAUUGCGUUCGCAGAUGCGAAUCGCCCACGGACCAACGGACUGGUCCUAGCGUCAUGGCCUGAUGAGCUCGCUUUCUGUGUAUGAGUGCAUCGUAGCACCAUGAAUCACUUUGGUUUGACCGGUUCAUUUUAGCGUGGGGGUGACGUUACCGUUAACCGGCAGCUCCAUUUUUGGUGCUGUUUUGCUUUCACAACGUCGAGGCGAUGAGGGAAUUCUCAGACGAAUCGCUUGGGGGGGAAGUUCCCCAAGGGGCGUCGUCAAUGGUGGGACCCCCAGCUCCACCGGGUGCGCUCGGUCCUUCAGUGUGCCCCUUUUCGGGUCGGCCCUUAUCAAUUGCUUCGACUUCAUCAACUUCGACAACAAGUAGCGGAUCUAGUACAACCACUUCGCCCGGUUUCCAUGCGAGUCACAGCAAACGCUCUGGCAAGCAUCAUUCCUCCAGUUACCUAGCCAGCGCCGAAAGUCUCCAGGAUGGUUCCGUUUGUUUGAGUGGAGGUGCAACCAUCUCAGACGAUGAAGCAGAAAGCUCCUCCGGAAACGGAGAUCGCCUUCUUCGGUACACUGACAACGUCGUCCAUGAACUGCUUGAAACCGAACGAGCCUAUAUCCACGAUCUCGCUGCUGUGAUACAGGGUUACCUGCGGCCUAUGCGCGAAUGUGGGGUACGUGAGGGUUUCAUUAAUGAAAAGGACCUCCUCGUUCUUUUUGGGAAUCUUGAUGAAAUUCUCGAAUUUAACAGUCAAUUUUUAAAACGGCUGACAAAUGAGUGUUCUCGUCGACUACUCACUGGGCAACGUCCAGGAAGUUACGCUGUCGCAGUAGCAGAAUGUUUUCUUUCGCACUUUGCACCUUCAGGACAAGUGGAAACUGAAGGCUCGAUAGGUGCAGUGGCACUAAAUGGCGUUCCCAGAACCAAUUCCUCUCUUGCGGACAAUUCAGCAGCAGCUACAGGUGGCGUGAAGGUAUAUGCGCAUUAUUGCACAAACUACCCCCGAAGUCUACAAGUUCUCAGUCGGCUCGUUCAACCCGAGUCACGGUCUUGUGCGCUCCUUGCAAAACUUCAGCUUGGACUUGGACAUCGCAUGCAGCUUGGGUCAUACCUUCUUAAGCCCGUCCAGAGAAUUCUCAAGUAUCCGCUUCUACUGGACGCAAUGAGACACUAUGAGAAGGAUUACCCCGGGUGGCCUGGUCAAGAGCUCAUCGAACGAGCACUGAGAGCGAUGCAAAGAAUCGCUAACCGAAUCAACGAAAUCAAAAAGUUGGAUGAAGAUGCGGUUCGUGUACAGGAAGUACAAAGCUUUUUGCAAGGCUGGACAGGGAACGACCUUACAACUUACGGAGGACUCGUUGCCGAGGAGAGGGUUAUGUGUCAAAAGAAGCAUUUAAUGCAUAUCUUUCUUUUCGAGAAAAUGCUACUCAUCACAAAACGCAAGCGCAAGACCCCCAAUUUGUUGUGGUACGCACAGCAUAUCUUCACCAACGACCUCAUGGUGAACGAAAACAGGGUUAUCAUGGGUGACUGCUCGUUCCAGGUGCUUUCAAAGAGUAACCGAGCAAUUACGUUCGUCUUCGAGACGACGGGACGGGAACGGAAAAAGCUCUGGUGUGAUCGGCUGAACAAAAUUAUUUUGGAGUCUCUCAACAUUUCGCCCGAGCAGCGUUCCAGAAUUCUCGAGAACCUUCGUAUGCAACGCAACCUUAGCAAACAGCAGCAGCAGCAGCAGCAGCAAAGUAAGAUACACAAAAAGGCCUCCCGUGGCCUAGACUCGUUGAAGAAGGCGACAAACAUAUUGCACCGAAAUCGAAGGGCUUCUAUGGAUAGCAACGGCAUUUCGCAGCAGACGAAGAAGACAGACAGCAUUGAAGUGACGAAACAAGCGGCCGUCCAGCAGACAUCUCAGGAUCUCCCGUUAUCUGUUGGCUACACUGUACAUACCUCUAGCCAGCAUCCGCGUGUGCACGGACCGAGUAAAGAAGUUCACGAAGUACGUGCGCGCAGUAGAGGAGGACGCACCAGUUCAAAGUCAUGGAAAAGCGGACUGUCGUUUCGGGUGCGCUACUAUAAUCAACAGAGAAGGUACCACAGCCAGAUAGAUCUUCGUGAAAUUAUUGCGUCUGUCGAAAGCCGAGCGUCCCCGGCCAUGGGGUCAAUGCAACGAAGCGCUUCAGUCCCUCGGUGGAUGGACCUAGGAGCAUUAGGUGCCCGGCUAGACGCCAGUAAUGUAGGUAAAAGUCAUGCAUUCGCCGAAGCUUCAAGAGGUCGACAGUGGCAGCAUAUGCUAUUCAAUAUGAGCAGCCGGUUACGUGCAUCGCUGAUGAGUUCGGAUAGCGCAUGCAGUAGUACUACGCAUUCGACUGGCGAUCAUCGCUGCCGAGAUCGAUGCCCUUUACGGCCAGCAUCAAUGGACUCGGCGUUAUUCUACGGCGCCAACUCUGACGGUUCUGAAGUUGAGGUCGGUGAAGAGGAAGAGCUCGAAUCGAACAACAGUUCUGGAUCAUUUUACGAACGAAAUUUUGAGAUGUCGUGCCGUGACGAAAUCUUUCGUGAUUCUGCAAUCUUUUCCGAGGACACCAUAUCGCAGCUCUCCACAGAAAUAGCCGCCUGUCAGCGAGACAGAAAUGUAUCGUUAGCCCAAAAGGACGAUGGCGCUAAGCUCGGUUCUAUUGAGCGGACGGAAAGCGGAUUUACUGAAGAGGAUGAUGCGGGUGAUCAAAAAACGGUUGAUAAAAGCCAAAAGGUUAAGUAGCUCGUAAAAAAGCGUUAGGUUCUUUGUAAUUUUAUGAAUAGACCCACUCGGUUGACUAGAGCACGAUGAGGAUCACGGGCAGUUCUACAGUACAUGUUUACAUAACCAUAUACAGUAACAUGCAGAAACACUUAAAAAAAAUGAGCUUUACCGCAGCUAUUUUUCUAAUUCAUUCAGCCGUGUCUGAAUAUAUUUCGUCGAAUGUCAUUUAGGAGAGUCUUGUGUGUGUGCCAAAUAACAACGGAAACCAUUGUUCCGCAAAUUGUCUAACGUACAACAAGGCAUGCAGAUACUAUUUUGAGGAAAUUUCUCUGGGUUCCUGAGUCUGAAUGCAAGUUUGCCUCUUUAGCUAGCCCAGAGCAAAUAUUUGAAACACGUAAUUGAGGCUGUUGCCCAGUGCAAACAUAACAUCUAACGCGUUCGGAUUCAGGAAACCUCCGACAAACUGUAUGCGAUUAGACGCUACUUUUAAGGCUUUUCGAUAAAAGUCAAGGGCUACGGCAGUUAGAUCAACUCACAUAGUUGUCACAUAUCGUAGGGAUUGUUCGGCCAUCUACGGAAAUUUGUUAGUGAAUUGUUAAGUUAAAUACCCUCUCGGCGUUUGCCCAUUUGUCUGUUUCGGUAUCACGCGUUUUGAACAUUUGGGUCUAUUGUCCUCUGACGCUUUGCCCUGGUCAAACCGCAUUAUUGAAGAGGACAGCAGGCAGCCUCAGUCCCGAACGUGAUGAUUGAUGCAUGAGUGAAACGUACGAUUAAUGACUAUAGUUAAUUCAUGGCUGGAAACCAUUCAGGGUGUGCUUGUUACCCGUUUGUCAAACAAAGUAUCAUGUGUGAAUGAUGUAAACAUAAAGUAAAUAGUUCCUUCUAGAGAUGAAAGGUAGCUAUUGAAUUUGGAAACAUUGCCUUUUCAAAGUCAAUCAUUUGGGCAGUAUACGUAUUGCUUGAGGAUUAAUCGUGAAUUGAUAGUACUUGCUCGUGUGAGAUUGUUGUAUUGAUCAAAAAAGGCGUUGAAAGAAUGAGCAAGAUGUAAUAUUAUUGUCAGUCACUCUCGUUCAUGACUGUUGUCGACGCAAGACCUAGCUGGAAAUCUGCCUGUCUGUAUCUGUAAUGAAUCAACAUGGCGGAUAGCGGCGAUAUGCAGAUAUGUACAGAGCUAACGCGGCAAAAUGGCUCAAGAUUUGAACCGUGAAAAAAGCCAAAAGCUGAAAUAGUCGAUACGAAUAAGCCUCAUGUAUGUGGGCAGCGUAUUAUAAUGGUGAUCGAUUGUCCCGUUUAUUCUCACUAUCCACAAUUGCGUAUCACAGGUUCAACUGCUAUUACGUGGCUUAAACGCAUCAAGUAGCACAAGUUUAAAAUCAUAGUUGUUAAAACAAAUACCUCUGGAUUAAUCUGUAGUUUUUGUUUUUUUUUUUUUUUUUUUUUUUUUUUAUACAUUAGGUCUGAGAAUAUCCGAUAAAGCCAAAUGUUGUUGUUGUUCUUCUUCUUUGGGUAUGGCUUGUUUACAGAUCUUGGCAUUGUGUUCACUAAUGCCACCUACAUACGAGUAAACGGCGAACGUUUCUGUGUAGUAAAUCUAAAAUCAUGAUUACAAUGUAUUUAAUGUAAAAAGGAAGGAUGUUUUCAUUAUUUUUAUUACAGAAUAGCAAAGGCAACCUUACAAGCGUAUAUAUAUAUAUAUAUAUAUAUAUAUAUAUAUAUAUAUAUGGAAUGAAAAAAUAAUAAAGAUAGAGAUAGAAGUAUUUAUGGCGAUUUAAAAGCAAUGUUGGAUGAAACGCACAGCAUUCGUCACGCCCCAUGAAAGGUACAAAAGCUCAUGGUUGAGCGUGACAGAAUUACAAGACUAAUGACGGCUGCAUUUUUUUUUACUUCAUUCUACCUAGUAGAUAAACGAAAAUAGCGGGUGUUCAUGCAGACCCUAAACUUCCAUUUGAUGUUAGUCACUGUAAUCGUUUGCUCUAUAGCUUCCCUCUGGCGGAUGUGUAAUCCUAAGGCGUCGAGUGCUCUAUAGUCGUGUUUCCAGUUCUUUCUCUACCUUUCCUUUUACUAACAAAGAGGUGCUAUGUGGACCUAUGAAGUUCCUAUCGACAGUUCUAAGGCGGAGUAUAAACAGGUUGCCCGCUUGUCAAUUGCAAACAAUGGAAAAGAGCAUAGAACAACAUAUCAUCACGAGUUCUUGCGACCUAUAAAGGUCGCCAUCACUCCUACACAACGCUUGAACCAGUUGUGGAUCUAAGAGUGCACUGGGUGCGAAUCGCUACCAUUAUAUAAUGCAUUGAAGCGUACCUAAAUACUAGCAAACGUGUUGUUGUCUUAAAUUCGAAACUUAAGCAGCGGCUCUUGGUUACCGAUAGACAAAUUAUGCGUACGACAUCGUUUUUCUUUAUUUAAGUACCUAAUUCUAAAACGUUUAAUACUAUUUGUAAGCGAAGUACAGACGAUGAAAAAAACGAAACAUAUGUAACCCAUCAGGAACGACCACUAUUUCCUCCCAACAGGAAUUCAGGCGUCGCAGCCCCAAUGAACAGAUGAAGCUCUAAGGCGAUAAUGACAACAUCAAACAUUUUAUAUAAGAAAACUUCGUUCACGGUGCUUGCAUCUAAAGUAUAUACACAUUUAUGUACAAACAUGUAGAGAUUUUAUGAUACUAAUUGGAUGAUACUGUUAAACUAUCUAUUUAUAAAAACAAAUCGAUAUUUGAGUAUAAGCUAUGUGAUUAAUAAAUGGUAUAAAAUA